CCCCUCCCUGCCCCCUCCCCCUCAGCAAAGCCCCGGAUGUCAGUGACGUCAUUGAGAGCCAUCUUUUGUCAGAAGCUGGAGAAGAAGGAGCUGCAGCAGCACCCUGAACAGCACCCUACAAGAUGUCUGCCCCAGCUGCUGGCCCCCCUGCUGCCCCAGGAGAAGGAGGAGCACCCCCAGCUCCCCCAAACCUCACCAGUAACAGGAGGCUGCAACAAACCCAAGCACAAGUCGAUGAGGUGGUCGAUAUUAUGCGUGUGAAUGUAGACAAGGUUUUGGAACGAGAUCAGAAGCUGUCCGAGUUGGAUGACCGCGCGGACGCUCUGCAGGCCGGAGCCUCGCAGUUUGAAACCAGCGCGGCCAAACUUAAGCGCAAGUACUGGUGGAAGAACCUCAAGAUGAUGAUCAUUAUGGGAGUGAUAUGUGCUAUCAUCCUCAUCAUAAUUAUUGUUUACUUCAGCACCUAAGGACAGCGAAUCUCUCCCCAUCUCUCUGUCUAAUUUUACUCCCCCCCAUCGCCGGAUUCUAUCAUCUAUACCCCCAACUGGGACCAGACAAAACUCAACAUAAUUUCCCCCAUUUUUCCUGCCUCUCCCCCCCUCCCCUCCUACCACAGGGAAGUGGGGACAUAUUGUGUAGAAGCUAACCCCUUCUCGCUCUCUCUCCCAUGUAAAUACCCAAUGACUGGAGAUCUUCCCUAACUUAUAUAUACACACACAUAUAUAUAUAUAUUUAAUUUGUCCGUGUGCAGGUUUUUCUGUUCCCUUGUUUCCCGUGACGCUGUGUGUCCGUGAUGUUUAUACACUAUCCCCUGCCCGAAGGGGGGAGGGAGGGGCAAUUACCCCCGAAAAAUGGUCCUUAUAUACCCCCCACCCUCAUGAAAUAAGUCAGGUUUUUUGGCUUUUACUUUUUUUCCUUUUUUAAAAAAAAUUUGAGGAUUUAAUGGAGGAGAAUCGUGUGUGUGUGUGUGUGUGUAUGUACAGUAUGUGUGUAAAAAAAUAAAAUAAAAAAUAUAUAUAAUAUAUAUAAAUCCUCAAAUCUACCCCCCUCCUCAGUAUGCCAGUUUCAUAAGUUUUCAUCUAUGGGGUGUUAUAGAUAGGGUUUAAAUAAUACAGACCCUUGGCCUUAGGAUUUCCAAAAUUGCUCUACUGUACAGCUUAUAGGGCAGGUUAGGGUGACCCCCUUUCGCUUCCACUAAUCUGGAGGGAUUUGGUGUAAGCAUAGGGGUUGAUGCGUCCCCUAUGGCCCCUAUAUCAGGACCAAACCCUUGUAUUCUGCUGAUAUGCCUUGCAGGGGGCAGAUUCAGUAGGUGACAUUGGGGCAACUGGAGAGAGACAGGGUCAGGAGAUAAUAGCAGAGAUUGGCAUCUUAGCGUUCCAGCUCCUUCUUGCCACUUAGGAGGGAAGUGGCACUGUGAGGUGGCAUGGGAUGCUUCAUGGUAAUACCCUUUAUGGGUUUUUUUAAAUUUUUUUUCUACUAUUACUGACACUGCCCUAAUACCAUGUAACAAGAGAUGCCAUGAAGGUUAUUGUGUCAAAUCCCGAACUUUACCACUCCAUGACUGUAAUAAGAGAGGAUGUCCUCUACCCCGAGGACCUGCCUUCUUAUACCAACCCUGUAUGGGAACAGCCAUUAUGUAGCUGCAACCAGACGGGCAAUGAGGCACAUACAAGGCUGAAACUUCACCCAGCCAUACCCCAUCAUCACCAAACCCAAUGCAAACAUCCCUGUGUGCCUGGUUGCCCUGUUUGCUUGCAAUGUAUCAUUAGGAGGGAGGGGCGAGUGUGUCCAGGGACAAUAGGGUAAAUCUCCCCCUCUCUCCUUGUUACCCCCCCUUCUGAAUUUCCCCUCCCCUCCUCCUACCCCCCACAACAUAAAUAUUAAAAUAAAUGUUGUUUAACCAAAAACAAA